AGGAUUCUGGGGAAAAUGACAUCAUCGCACCAUAUUGCCCCAGUAUUUGAGCAGGAAGAGGCAGAGUUCAACAGCCGCGCCGUAGCAGCACGGCCUAAUGUAUAUAAACGUCUUAAAGGCUAUAUUUUUAUAGAUUUUAGUAGUAUUUGUAGUCCAGAGAUGCCGGCUAGUCUGUUAACAGAUGUAUCUACGAACGGUGGCGGUCUCGAAGACCAAAGAGCACUACAGAUCGCACUGGAGCUCUCUAUGUUAGGGAUAAAUGACGGAGGUCUGAACUCGCCUUUCGACGAAAACAAAGGGUCGAGAAAAAGCGCCAAUGUUACCGAAAGUGUGCCAGUCCCUAGUUCAGAACAUGUUGCAGAAAUUGUCGGCAGACAAGGGUGCAAAAUCAAAGCUCUUCGAGCCAAAACCAACACUUACAUUAAAACUCCGGUGCGAGGCGAGGAGCCUGUCUUUGUUGUAACAGGAAGGAAGGAAGAUGUAGAGGCUGCCAAACGUGAAAUUCUCUCUGCUGGUGAGCAUUUUAGCCAAAUUCGUGCCAGUCGUCGUAAUAACAGCAAUGGCAAUGUUACCACUGGAACAGGAACCCCAACGCCCCCCGGCCCCCCUAGUCCCACCACGCCAGGUCAAGUGACAAUCCAAGUGCGAGUGCCAUAUCGUGUGGUUGGGUUAGUUGUUGGCCCCAAAGGUGCUACCAUCAAAAGAAUCCAACAGCAAACCCACACAUAUAUCGUCACUCCAAGUCGUGACAAAGAACCCAUAUUUGAAGUUACAGGGCUACCAGAAAAUGUGGAGAAGGCUAAGAAGGAAAUAGAAAGCCACAUUGCAAUGCGCACAGGUGGUGUGCCUAUGGAUCCUACUAAUGAUGAGAACGACUUUCACACAAAUGGUAUUGAUUCAGGCUUCCAUGAAAUGAAUGAUUUUGCUGCCUUCUAUAAGCAUCAUCCCAAUUCUGCAUUCAGCUCAUAUACCAGCAGCAAUAACCUGCAAAAUGAACAGGAAGGCAGUAUCUUCAGCUUCCCACCACCCCCAAUUAAUGGUACUACGUCUACCACCUCCAAAUUGAACGAAUUCAAUCUCAACGGGUUUGGUUGCAAUGGUUUCACCAAUGGUCUCACGAAUAUCUAUGACAACGAUGAAGGGUUUGGAUCCCCAUCUUUUGAUCCAGUGCCACUUCCUGCUUCCAUUUGGCCUGAUCUCGGGGAGCCGUCAGCACCCCUAUUUGGCAAAACUUCGCCCUCCGCAUCCUUGCCACAUCGCAGCAGCAGUGUGAGUGGAGUUGUUACACCACGUCUCUCGCCCACUCUCACGGAUUCCAGUUCCCCGGAACAACACCAGUCUGUGCGACGUAUGAGGAGCGAUCCUCUCAAUGGUGGGCUGGCGGCCAUGCCAAAUUUUGCUCCAUUACCUACCAAUGGCUUCCCCGCUACCUCAAGUAGCAGCAUUUCUAGUGCGACUUCCACUAGUCCAGUCGAUACAAAUGCAUUGCCUCGACGCAGCUGUUUUGUGUGCUCCGACAGUGAUGUCGUCGCAGCUUUGGUGCCCUGCGGUCACAAUCUCUUUUGUAUGGAGUGUGCCAAUCUCAUUGUCGAGAAGCCUGACACUAAACGUCGGUGCCCCAUUUGUCAGCAAGUUCCUACUCAGGCUAUACGCAUUAUUUCAUAAUGGAUACUCUUGCAUUCAGUGUAUUACAGGCAUUAUAUGAGAUUAUGGUAUAAAUACUUAUUCUAAACUUAUUGCAAAUUGAUAAUGGACUAAAACCAAUAGAGUUUAUACAAAUGUUAAAGUAUUAAGAUAAAUAUUAAAGAACAGACAGCUACAAUAUUUUAUUCUUACAAAGUACUCUUGUUUCAUAUGAAAGAUUUAAAGAUAUGUCAAAAAUUUUAUUAUUAUACUUGUUUCACUUUAAAGAUUAUUUGUAUAUGGUUUAGCUGGGUUGGAGCUUUAUGUAUGGUGUCUGUAUGAUUGUUUUGCCAAGUUGUUUUUUCAUGCAUUUCCUUUACUCAUCAUCCUUAAUUAUUUAAUCAUCCGCCAAGUCAUUCAGUUAAGAACGGGACUUCCAGAUUGUGAGGUUUGGUUUUAAAUAUUUAUAUUUUACCCAUACAAAUGUAUUUUAUAGUCAAUGAAAAAUAGACCUUUAUUUUAUUCUAUAUUGUCAAUGAAGCCUUAAAAGGCAAGUGAAUGUGAUGAUCAAAAUGCUAUUUAUGCUUUCUAAUGCAUAUUAUUUGUAUGAAUAGCAAAACUGACAACAAUUAAUUUGUUGCACAACCAUAGUUUAGUAUUUUCUAUUUUAAUAUUAUUAUUUAUCACAAUUCUGUGUAUGUAGGUGUGUGACUAUGGAACCCAAAGUAAAGAUUAAGAUGCAGAGUUUAAAGUUAAAUACAAAGAUAUUUUAUUUUGUUAGGCUCAGCUAAUAAGAGCCUGUAACUAAUAUUAUAUUUGUGGAGAGUAAGAAAAAAAGUAUAAAAAAAAGAAUUGUAAGAGUUUUAUUUUUCUGGCAUUAAUAAAAGUUGUAUUUCAAAAUA